AUUGCCGUUGCACCAAUGGCAUCGCGGCAGCCGCCGAUCCAGCACGACGCUCGACGAAGCCCGAGGAUUCCUCGCCAUGCCAUGGCCGCGGUGACGCAGCGCUCGACGAGCUGGCAGGAAGCAGCACCUUGGCCUUCAUAGCGCCACUAGCCGUCAUGGCGAUUGGGCACUCGCAGCACCAAACCCCAUCGUCGUCCGGGUGCACACAGGCCACGUCGAGGAGCGGAGCCCUCCGCUAGCCGUCGGUGACGUCCUUCCUGCUGCCAGCGAUCCGUUGCAUCUCGACCGAGCCAGCUCCUCGCAAUGCAUGCGACUGUACCCAUGGAAUCUCAUGACGUGGCGGUUUCUUUGAAUCGGAUCUUCCUCGCCUAGCAUGGAGCCCCGCCGGGUCGGCCUCCGCGUCUCGCCGCCACUGCUGACGCUCGAGUACACCGCGAGCGACGGCGCCCUGUACCACCACGAAGUGCCUCUGGUGCGUUACGUCGCCAGCAGCAGCGACGCAGGCGAGAUUGCUUUGGCGAUCACAAACGAGCAUCGCGCGUACUUUGCACAGGUCGCGCCGGCGCAGCUUCGACGGCUGAUCGAGCGCGUCUUGUCGUCGACCAAGGUCGCGCUGCCCGCCGCCGACUACAACAAGGUCUCCGAGUCGCAGCUGGCGGCGGUCAAGGCCAAGAUGGACUCGGUCUUCCACGAGCACCUCUGCAAGCCCGGCGACGCGGAGUACGUAUACAACAAGGAGGUCAACUUUGGCGCUGCGACCGCGGCCAGCGACUGGGACGAAGAGUAGUAGUUGCCUACGAGUAGUUGGACGCUUCGUUGAACUUGUGAACCCACGUCUCGCGCAUCUCGUCCGUCGGCGCGCGGAACACAAACGUGCGGCCGGCGACGGGCGGCGCGAGCUUGAAUUCGUUGGCA